CGUUGUUAAGAAACGAACAGAGCACAAACAGAACAAAAUUUAAUUAGAGAAACGCGUUCUUGCUUCGUGGCCGGUCGAACUAUACUUUAUUUUUCGGUUUAAAAAUGUUUAAUAUAAGUUCAAUGUCAUUCGAAAAGAGUAACUUUUUGUGGUGAGCGUGGAAUACCCUAUAAAGUAGUUUUCCAGCACAAGAAUGAUAUUUUUAGUUCAAAGGAAAUCAGUGAUUCGUGGAACAUGGUCUUCUUGAUCUUAUUUUUCUUCAGUGCGUAACCGUUGAUCAUCGGAAUGUACAGUCUCUUGAAACGUAUAACUAGAUACUAAGUGAAGUAAAUCUAUUAAGCAUGUCAACCGACUCCGAGAGUCAUUCUAUUACGGAGAAAGGUAGUAGAAAUUCGGCUACCUAUUCGAUACAUUCAUUAGAAAAUUCUCCCAUCAGACGAAGUGCUGUUCAAAUAAUUCGAGAGCGCAGUACGGACCUGAUUCAAACAGGAUCGCCAAGGAAGAAAGGUACGAUGCAAAUAACCAAACUUGUGCUCAAGGAUCACCCUACUAGUCCAAGAAGGAAAAUAACGCCGAUGGUUAUCAAAUCGAUCACAACGUUUACAAGUUCUGCGCUUACCUCCGGAUGCGGAUCAAAUGAGAACGCACAAACGUUAGCCGAAAAUAAAAACGACGACCAAAACACGUAUACAAUUAGGCCGCUUCCCGAAGCCACUCAACUUAUUAGACAGUUCGAAAUUCAGAAGAAUGAACGCAACCAAGCUAGCGGCGAUUUUCAAAAUUAUCUAACAGAAACUUUAAAUAGUGGGAUAAAUAUGAAUGGGAUUGCUAUUUCCAAGGUGACUGAAAGCAGUGCCAACUCGGAUCAAAAUUUGGACGAAAAAAUAACUGACAGCAUAGCUGCUAGUAGUAGCACUAACGAGAAAAAACUGUGCAACAAUUCUACAUCAACGAGUAUUUCAAACACAAAAGAGAAAUUUUCGAAGAAAGUCGCUUCGGAAACAUUAGAUGAAAUACAGUCUAAGCCAUCAGUGAUGAAGAGACUGCCACCGCGUCCAAAUUCUAAAGAUAGCAAAACUUGCGCUCCCGAACAAAAAAAGGGAAAAUCAUAUGAUCCUCAAAAGGCACGAGAGUUUAUAGAAAAGCAACAAGCAAAGCGCAAGCAAGAGACAAAGGCUACAAUUACAAAUGUCGAAGAAAAAGAUCUCAUCAAGAAACGACUGGAAGAGUUACGAAAGAACAGCCAAGUGCUUGUUAGCAAAAACGUGCAAAAAGUACGUAAGCGAUCAUUAUCUGCAACUCCAGUAUCCUGUGCUUCUAAUCAAAAAUCGACUGCACCUUCCCAGAAAGUGAUUGACGCCCGGAAAUUGCCUCCAGAAAAGCCUAUUCGCAAAAGUUCCUCUAUCUCGUCAUUAAGAGCGCCACCGUCAUUAGCACAAUCUCUGAAGUCCGGGGAAUCCAGGAAAAGUUCCCGAAGACGAUCCUCACUACUAAAAGCAGAUCUAUCAGAAAAAAUUGGCAUCAUGCGUAAAUCUGACGAGGUUGCUUUGGAGGAUGUGCUAUUGAGACCAUUAAGAAUAAGAACUCCAGAAAAACAAAAGGUUUUAACGCCAGAAAAACCUCCGAAGAGUCCAGUUAAUGAGAGUCUUCAUGAACGAUCGAUUUCGGUGGUCGAGAAAGAAUUAAAACUUGAUGUUCCGUCUGUGACUCUUGUGCCUGAUUCGACCUUGAAGCAACAAAAACUUAUCGAUGUAAAAAAAGAAGUCAAGACUGUUCCUCCUUGGCUGAAACAUACGCUGCUUCAACCGGAUCCGUAUCCAUUCAUAAUUGCCGUCCGCAAAAAGCUGGAAGCUAUUCGCCGCCUUAAUCGUGAUCAAACUAUUCUUCCCGAGGAGUCCAUAAUCGGUAAAGAUUCAGGAGAAAUUUCCAGACGAUUUAAAACCGCAAAUAAUCAAAAAUGCCAUGAAUAUCUCGAAUCCCUAAAAACUGUGCCUUACAUUAGUAAACCAUCCACCGGAAGUGAACCAAAUAUUUCAUCCGUUUCUUUUCACCCAUCCGAGUCAAACACAAUCUCGGAAAUUAGCUCAAUAAGGUCGGAUUUUAUCUUGCCACUACCGCCUCUUAGUAGUACUAAAAUCGAUGUAACAGAGCUAAAGUCCGCGAAGGAAAUCACGGGACAAGAAUUUGAUGCUAUCAGUCCACUGUCCGUUGAACGUAUAUCGAAUCUUAAAAUUACUACCGAUAAUUUUCAAGUAGACGGAAGCGUCAAUUUCCACCGAGGAACAGAUAUGCCGGAUGCGGAUUUGAUCCCAGAUCGAUUGUCUUUUAUAGCUCAAAAUGUGCAGACAGAUUUGCACCAGAGUCAGUUAAGCGCUAACGACUCAGAAAAACAACAUAAAUUUUUGCGAAACUCUUCAGAAAAACGAGAAAAGGAUUCAAAAGAGCUCGACAGUCAAAAAAUGCUGGAAGCGUUCAACCGUAGUCUAGCGCAGGUAAUAGAGGUCAACCAGCAGCUAUACUCAGCACUCAAUAGACCGCCUGAGCCGAGUACUCCAAUUCCUCCCGAGCGUAUCAAAAUCCGGGAUGAAAUGACACAAACAACUCCUAUCCUAUUAACUACGAAUGCAUCCGCGACUUCGAACUACAGCGAGGAUUUUGAGCGCUCUGAACCUCAGAAAACAGACGACAAAUCUAGCUCACUCUCUGAAUCAACACAGGAAAAAAUUCCAAUAGAUGGUGCAUCCUCAGGAGCAUCUGCUCCAGCAACAACGACAACAACUGCUGAUAGUAGCUCUGAACAAAGUCCCAGUAAAACCGAGUCUAGCAAUUCCCACCCCUCACUGGAAUCCAGGUCACUUAGUUUCUCCGAUAGUCACAACACAAAUCCACCCCUACCUGAUGAAUAUUUGCCAUCGUUCGAAGAGAGCUUGAGACAACGAACAGUAGAGGACAAUCCUUCGGAUGAAAGGCACGUACCACAUCCGGAUACUUCCAGUAUCGAAACACAAAUUAGCGACGAGGAUCUAAAGCUAAAGCAAUCUUUGCGACAGGAAGUAGACGAAUCGCAAAGUCUGGAAUCUAUUACCAUAAAAAUUUCAGAACAAAGUGACAUUCCAAACAAACUAUCCAUUAAUGAAAUGUUGAAAAGCAGCGAAGUGGAAAUAAUAAAAGCUCCGUCCGAUUCCAGUACUAGUUCAACAGUUGAAGCUCUGAGCGGUAAAGACACAACAUUGAAUGACACUACCAUAAGCAGCGAUAUUUUAGCUAUGUUUAACCGAACUGAUCUGGAAGUGUCUAUUCUGUCUACUACCAUUUCAGAAACCAACCUAAGCUAUUCCUCGAUAGGAUUGUAUGAUCAGUUGAUUCGCAACGAAAAAUCCAAAGGCGAACAGCUUGCCACGCGUGCCCGAUUGAAAGAGAAAGCUCUACUGGAUCGCACCAAGGGACAGUUAGCUUGGUUGGAACUGCAGAAGCAACGCUAUCGAGAACGCGGAAUGAUGGAGCAAAUUUCUGCAGUCAAGAAAAAACAACGAGCCAUACUCGUCCGACUGGAGAAAGAUAGAGCUGAAUUAAACAAGUUCAAGCAAUCAACAGUGGAUUUGUCCACUCGGAACAGAAUUCACUCUCCGACGACACCAAAGUCAGUGGAGAAAUUAAGUUCCUUGUCGUCAAAAAGCAACUCAUUUUCACUCCGGAAAUCCGCCAGGUGUGAUAGGAAUGACAUCAGCUCAUCUCUCCUAGCAGCUCUUCAACAGCAACAACAGCGAAAAGUCACUACCAUGAUGGCAACUUCGCUAUCUACAAACUCACAGCUGCAACUGACGGCGGUACGGGGAGUAGAACUGGAACCCAACGAAAGUUUAGAGGAUAUCCUUACUCGCCGUGAGCAGGAAUUGAACAAGCGCCGCCAACAUGUCCAGGCAUUGCUCCAGUGGCACCAGAAGCUCGACCGAGAGGAGCAGGAGAUUCUCGAAAUCGAAAGUAACCUGCGUCAGUACAACCGGACUAAAAUAAGCGAAAGCACGGCAACAAGCGAGCAAGCAUUUGGCCGCAUCCGAAGCAUCGAACAGAGCUUGCACACGUUGCAACAAAUCACCGGCAAUGGUGAUGGUAGUGACGAGGAGGAACAUGUGUCAGCCAAUGGAAGUAAAUUAAAUCGGCUGUGGUAUCGGCUGACAGGAAUAAAGGAAAUGCGAUAUGAAUUCGGCAAGAGCUACACGCUGACAAGAGCCAAUUUGGAGAGUUUAUACGAGGAAGCCAAACUUAAAGUAUUAGCUAGUUUCAAAUCGGAAAAUGGAAUAGGAAAUAUUCUACUGGAACAGUCUUUCAGUGGAGCAAUUAACAGUAGUAGAAGUGAAGACAAAGAAAUAAGUGUAGCAUAUGAAGGUGAUAACAAGGAGUCAAAUGCAUUAUCACAGGAAUUGCAUGGUACAGUAGCUACAAGUGAUGCGAGUUCAUUCCGGACAUCGAUUAACUCGGUUACAGGAAAAGAAGCGAAUGGCAAGAUAAGUGAACCUGAGAAUGAUGUUGAGGAACAAAUCGAAGAACGGAGUAGUCUGUUGGAUGUUGAUGAGAUUAUUUCUAGAGUAAGCGAUAUAACUGAGAACAUCAAUGGGUUUCUGUCAUCUACUACCAAUAUUGAUGAAAUACUUAGGAAUGCACAGGAAAUACAUGGCUCGGAAUCGGUUGAAUUUCACACUAUCGACGAACAGAAUUCCGAGAAACGAGAAAAAACGUCUGAAGGUUAUUCCUCCACUUUUGAUGCACCUCUAAAAGAAGAAUUUACCCGGGAUAUUACAACUGCAGAAGAGAGUCAAAUAAUGAUAGAAGAUAUCUCACUCCCACCACUCAGUGAUUCUCUGCUUGAUGCAUCGGAAAAAGUUACUACAGACAAUCCAACCGAAGAAUCAUUGGAGGAAGCCAGUUUAACUACAUCCCCAGUUUCGACACCCACACCUGCUGAGGAAACAGAAACAGACCAUCGUGACCCGGAAUGUAUGACGCAUGCUUCCGAACUGGAAAAACGAUUGAUAACAUUACAGGAUGACCUUGGUGGUUUGAGUGAAAGUUUGGAGAGGGUGUCGCUAAUGAGAUCUCCAGAAGCGCGAAAAGAUACGAGACAAAGUUCAUCCGAAAGCGAUCCCGGAACUUCCUCACCCAUAGAAGAAGACUAUUCAACAGAUAAAGACUUUGCUGUCGAAGGAUCUGGUUCCGAUGAGCAGCCCUUUCUGAACGAGUUGCAGGCCUUGAGGUCUGCCGAAAUUCCGGUAACGGUUAAUGCUAAUGAAGAAAACCAUAGAAUAGAGAUCAAAAUUAGAAACAAAAAUGUAAAUGAACAUUUUCCCCACCCAUCUACAAGCACCACUGGAGCACCCGACUCAGGACCCGCAAAUUUUUCAUAUCUAACACCUCCAGCGCAUGGACCUAGUAGUAGUAGUUCGGCCCCUACGACACUUGUUCCCAAUCGAAUGCCGGACAUCAUAAACGAAGCCGAAGUUCUCCGUCGUCAGCAACUGCAAAUCGAGCAGGAAAUCAAACAACUCGAACAACAGGUUGUCUUGUUUCGUGAAAUCCCAAAUAAACCACCUCCCCCUUAUAUUCCUCCGGCAAACGGUAGUCCACUGGCCUUAAUUUUCCCAUCAGAGUCCAGAAUCGAUGAGCUCAUAGAAAACCGUACUAAGGAUCUGUUCAUAGGAGAAAGUACGUCGAAGAUACUUUACUCCGAAAACGUGAGUAACAUCUACGAAAAACUUGUUUUGGACAUGUGCAAAGAAUUAUACAUUGAUCUAAGCCAACCGCCAACGGAUGUGUCGUUUCGUACUGUCCAGCACGAUAAGCGACCACUGGCAUUCUUCAACCCACCAGAUACAUUAGGCUGCCUACAGGAUCACAUAAAGCGUAAAAUCAAGCGUAUUCUGAACGAAGAAAGCUUACUGCAGCAUCAGCAACAGCAGCAAAACCUACAGCACUGCCCGAUGCCGUUUCUCGUUUUCUGCGGCAAUGGUGCUGCUAGGCGGAAACGUGACCAGGUAGACGAGAUACUUGCUCAAGAGAUGUUCGAAGAGGAGUCCAGAUGGACAAAUUUCGAUCGGGAAGAAAUUGAAGUCAAGGAGCGCAUUGUGGAGGAGGUGGUAAAAAUGAUGCUUUCGGAAGCUUUGCUUGAUAUGGAAACGGCGUGGAGGGAAAAGCACGGCCAACUGGUUUCGGCCCAUCCUACCUUAAAUGAAGAGAAGAUAGAGUAGACUUGUAAAAAUAAAUACUGGCUGAUUGUAAAUCGAUUGUGAUGUUUUGAAGUGCAUUUCAAUUUUACACUGUGAAAAAGUAGUAUGUAAGUUAUAGGAUCAUAAGGUUUUUUUUUAAUACGAAACACUAAUGCCGAUUUCGGUUUUAGAUCAGAGUCGCCCUAGGUUCGCUCUAAUAUUUACAAAAUCCAUACAAAAGUGACAGCUCAGAGCGAACCUAGAGCGACUCCGCUCUAAAAACGAAAUCAGCAUAAGUAUUAGACACUCACCAUGAAUGUCUUGUUUUAAGUUUUGCUCAAUUUUACACGUGUUUUAUCGUAGACAUUUGUUCUGUAGUGACGGUCAAUGACUUACCGUUACCAUCCAUAAACAAUUAUGCCCAAGUGACAUAAAACAUUAAAUAUCGUUGAAAAGCUUAUAAUAAAGAUACUGAUUUGAAACAGGAA